AUGCGAUGGGCAAAAGAAAGUUCACACGGGAGUGUUAUUGCUGGUGGAAAUGGUGGAGGAGGACAGUCGAAUCAAUUAAAUGAUCCCCUUGGUAUAUCACUCGAUCGACACGGCAAUCUCUAUGUGAUCGAUCAGGCGAAUCCUCGAGUACACAAAUUUCAAAUUGAGCAGACAACAAAAUAAUGAUGUUUAUUUGUGUGUGGUUGAAAAUGAUUUGCAUUCAAUAAAAGGAUAUUUAUUCUCGAUGAAUAAAUCACGAAAUAUAUUAGAUAUUUGCGCGCGCGACCAGAAAACCGUCCCUGGUGGUAGGAGUGGAGGCCGCGUGGCCAUGCACGAACAAGCAAGUCCACAUGGAUAUGCAUGAACAAAUAUCGUGUGGACUCGAUAGGGGCUCGUCGUGUUGCCACUUCCACCAGUUAAGUUUUCUGGUUUUGACAAUUAUGAAAAUAUAUUUGCGUCUGACGAAUGAAAUCAUCAAAUUCAGAAGUUCCUUUUGGCAGCUAACUCAUGCAGUAAGUAUUAAAAUAUUUAUGUGUUUAUCAAAGUCUCCUAGGUUAAUUAAAAAUUCGCU